CCUUCCUGUGGUUGUCCUCCAACGAAUCCAUCAUGUCCUCCACAACCUGGCUGUCAAAUGCACCAAAUGCAUGGUGUAACCACACAUCAAUUGAAUUCUGUUCCAUUAGCUGUUCCAGACGAGUUGGAAAUGGUAGGUCAAGCGGUUUACCAAAAGGGAAAUAUUACUGUAGCAUAAUGGAUUUGUAAGA